UGCUUUGUUGCUAUAAUAACCAUUUCCUGUUUUCCUUUGCUCCAGCUGAGCAAGAAUAACUAGGCUGUUCGCCAAAUGGUUUCAUUUAAACCAGCUCCUAGUUUUCCUCCGGAAAGUCAAGGACUUGCUGGGAGUAGCAGACACGGACUGCGGCUGAAAAGAAACGGACAAGCAACAGAAGGAAAAUACAGGAAAGUCCCCGUCACUCCUUUAACAUUAACGGACGGUGUUAGAGGUCGAUCUUAAACCACUGGAAUCUUUCUUAAUCUCCUUGGUAAUCAGAGUCUGGGAAUAUUUUGAAGACGUGUGAUUUCAAAUUUAACUUAGAAAGCGGCAAACAGCAGCUACGAAAAAGAAAUAUUUGAAACAAGAAGGUGUCUGAAAAUGAAACUGAAAGCACACUGGUCCGUUUACUGAACUGUUUUUUUCUUUGUUAUUUUCAGUGUAGUUUUCAGUCACCGUAUUAUUGUAUAGCUACUUUAUGGUCACGUUUAACUCAACUUUGUGAAAUUUCUAUACAGUUUUAACUAGAACAUGUUCGAUUUUGAAGCAAGAUAGAUAUAUAAAACUUUUAGAUAGCUUCCUCUGUUAAUCUGUCGAAACAUUUGAAAACAACCCUUUAAUUUUCAUUGAUAUCAGCAGUUGGGAUGAGUAAUUCAGCCUUCAGGAAGGGUCUUCAGACAAGUCCGGGUGAUAACAGUCAGAAGAGAUACAUCAUGUAUCAUGGCAGCACACUCAGGAAUGCACGUAAAAUAAAGCGCCAGGGUUUUAUCCGCUCUUCUGACGGCAUGUUGGGCCCUGGUGUUUAUGUGAGUCGAAGCUUCAGAAAGGCCUGUGCUUAUCCCAAACAUCUUAAAGCUGGCCAGAGGGCCGUUGUUCUUAAGCUAAGCGUGAGGGUGGGCAAAGUUAAGAAGAUCAACAGAAAGGGCCAUCCUCUGCAGAAGAGCUGGAGUCAAGCGGGCUACGACACAGCUUGGGUGCCGCCCAGAUGUGGGGUGGUGAAGAGCGGUCUGGAGGAGAACUGCAUUUGGGAUCCGAAACGGAUCCGAGUGCAGGAGGUCCUCGAGCGUGACAGCAGCUUGGAGGCAUCCUCUGAUGAACCGGUGUCCUCAAAGAAAAGUGGCGCCUCCGAACGCUCGGAGGAAAGUGACGGCUCUGGACGCUCGGAGGAAAGUGACGGCUCUGGACGCUCGGAGGAAAGUGACGGCUCUGGAUGCUCGGAGGAAAGUGACGGCUCUAGAUACUUGGAGGAAAGUGACGGCUCUGGACGCUCGGAGGAAAGUGACGGCUCUAGAUACUUGGAGGAAAGUGACGCCUCUGGACGCUCGUGGAUAAGUGGCGGCUCUGGAUGCUUGGAGGAAAGUGACGCCUCUGGACACUCGGAGGAAAGUGACGGCUCUAGAUACUUGGAGGAAAGUGACGGCUCUGGACGCUCGGAGGAAAUUGACGGCUCUAGAUACUUGGAGGAAAGUGACGCCUCUGGACGCUCGUGGAUAAGUGGCGGCUCUAGAUACUUGGAGGAAAGUGACGCCUCUGGACACUCGGAGGAAAGUGACGGCUCUGGAUACUUGGAGGAAAGUGACGCCUCUGGAUGCUCGGAGGAAAGUGACGGCUCUAGAUACUUGGAGGAAAGUGACGCCUCUGGACACUCGGAGGAAAGUGACGCCUCUGGACACUCGGAGGAAAGUGACGCCUCUGGAUGCUUGGAGGAAAGUGACGGCUCUGGAUACUUGGAGGAAAGUGACGCCUCUGGACACUCGGAGGAAAGUGACGGCUCUGGAUGCUUGGAGGAAAGUGACGGCUCUGGAUACUUGGAGGAAAGUGACGCCUCUGGACACUCGGAGGAAAGUGACGCCUCUGGAUGCUUGGAGGAAAGUGACGGCUCUGGAUGCUUGGAGGAAAGUGACGGCUCUGGACGCUCGUGGGAAAGUUAAAACGAAGAACCCUCAGAGAAUCCAUCAGAUGAUGAGGACGGAAACAGUGAUUAUUACUAAUUACUAAUUAUUACAUUAGUUAUUACUAAUGAUCUUGCCUUGUGACUAAAUAAAACUUCAUGAUCACCAGUGCAGUUUCUGAGCUCAGAAUAUCCUGCAUUUUUGUGUUUUAAACAUUUCAGCAGUUUCUUAAAAUAACAUUAAGAUUUUUAUUUUUUACGACGUUUUGUUGCGGGCCAGUUUUUUAGGCUCUAGGACUGGUAUUUGGGAACUAAACUUCAAGGGUUCACUGCAGCUGUGUGAGUACCUACACUCCCACCACAGGAGUCAGUGUUUGCAGGUAUCGUUCGUUCCUGUUUGUCGCUGUAUAUCUGAAUAAGUGUCCACCGUAUUCACAUGAGCUGUCGGCAGUGACGGACUGGGCGUGCAGCUGCAGUGUGGUGCUGUUGCCUGGCGCGACACCUACGGAUUCCCACACUCCAGCAGAACUCUAGCCAUAUGUUUGUUUCUAUUACAGACCUGGAUCUUUCCCAGAUAUGAGUUUAGGGAAACUGGUCUUCAAGGAGACCUGCUAUCUGGACCAUGGGAUUUAUCCCUCUCUCUCAAUCUUUGAGAGAGUCAGGCUGCGGCGUAUGUCGAGCAAAUAUAGGCAGUGUUAUCUGGAGAAAAACUACUUCAGGUCAGCUCACCAUCAAAUCUGUUUUUUAGCUUGAAGAUCUUGAGGUAAUAAAAUGAUUUGAAAGCAGAAAAAUACGGAGGGUUUAAAAUAAACUUGGUUUAUAUAGAAAAAGACCUCUGUAGGCUUCGGUGUGAGGCUUCUGUGUCAGGCCUUCAGAGGCCUCAGUCAAAGGUCUCCGUCUAAGGCCGGGACAUCUCAUGUUGGCACCAGAAGAGACAACAUUAUUGCGCUGGGCACCAGUGGGUUUGAAUGAGAUUUUUUUUUUUUUAAAUAUAUUGUUAGAUAUAAUGGUAGCAGGCUUGAUUUAUUUGGACAGAAUUUUGGAAUCUUUGAAAAGUACUAUGUAAAAAGAAGAAAGUGAAUGUGUAACUGUCCUUGGCGAAAGUGUAUAAAGGUCAAGCCCUCCUGGGGCUAUCAGACAUUCUCUGGACUAUGCCUCAUUUGUACGUUAUAUUGCACUGCAAAUAAA